ACGAGGCAUCAUUUCUAUCAUAUUCUUUCUUUCUUGUCGCUUGUCACUCCAUUAACUCCAGUCUCCAGGUGUUCUAACCAACCUUCUUUCCCUUUCCUUUGCAUGAAUAAAAAAAAGAUGAUGAGCAUCGAGAGUUCCCACGUGGUGACACCCUCCGGCCCCACCCCAUCUUCCGACCUCAUCCUCUCCCUCUGCGACCAAAUCAAGCUCCCCAACCACGGCACCCAACUCUUCAUCUACGCCGCCACCCACCACCCCUCCUCCGCCGCCGCACACACUCUCGCAACCUCCCUCGCCCAAGCCCUCACCAUUUACUACCCCUUCGCCGGCCGCCUCCGCCGCCUCCCCGGCGGCCGCCACAUCCUCCACUGCAACGCCCAGGGAGCCCUCCUCAUCCAAGCCACGUGCGCCGCCAUCGACUACACUCUCCCCAUCGCCCAUGUCCCCCUCCUCGUCGCGCAGCUCACGCGCUUCCCCUGCGGCACCCUCACCCUCGCCAUCGCCCUCUGCCGCGCCCUCCUCGACGGCGCCUCCGUCACUGGCUUCGUCAACACGUGGGCCAAACUCGCCAGAGGAGAGAAUUUGGACUCCACCCUCUUUCCUCUCCACGAUCGAAGCAUCUUGGACUCGAGAAGACUCAAUAAACCACCGCGUUUCCAACACCCCGAGUUUUUCCCACCACCCCUUUGGACUCAACAACUUGAUCAUCAGGUAUCAAAUUCUACGGUUGCAGAAGAAACCACACAUCUCGCUAAAGAUAAUCAUGAUCGGUUAGAUUUUUCGACAGAAAUUAACGGACAUGAAGUGCUUGGUACGGCCAUUCUGAGACUCACGAAAGUUCAAGUUCAGAAACUGAAGGACAAAGCUUCAGACUUCGCAACUGGGUAUGGUUCUCCAAGACCCUAUACUAGUUUUGAGGUUAUAAGUGGUCACUUGUGGAAGUGUGUUUGUAAGGUGCGUUAUGUUGUCAAUGGAAAUGGAAGUCAACCCACAAGGUUGACCACGUUGGUGAAUUGUAGAAACCGAUUAAGCCCUUCUCUCCCUUGGUCAUAUUUCGGGAAUGCAACGUUUCCCACGGUGACGCAAACUUGUUCCUUUGAUGGGAUCAUGGGGAAGCCUCUUGGCUAUGCUGUGGGGAGAGUGAGGGAAGCGGUGGAGAAGAUGAAUGAUGAGUACGUGAGGUCUGCUCUUGAUUAUGUAGGGAGUUUGGAGGACAUGGAUUUGUUGAGGGACGUGUUUUAUAACUCUGGUGGUGGAAAGGGGCGAGAGCCUAAUUUGUAUGUGGUUGGUUGGACGAAUUUUGCGUAUUUGGAGACGGAUUUUGGGUGGGGGAAACCCCUUUGUUUGCUUCCGGGGAAUAUUAACUCUGAUGGGAAGGCUUUCCUCUUGGACACUGCUACGGGUGAUGGCUUUGUUGUUGCUGUUUGUUUGCAGGCUUCGCUUAUAGAUCAUUUGAACAAGUUGUUUUAUGAGGAUAUAGAGAAUCCUGCAUCCAAAUUGUGAUUCCUGAUCACUUUACUCUUCUGUGUCAUGGAGUGUGAUCCAAGUAGUAAAACUUUGUAGUUGCUUUGAAGUUGUUUUAAUAAUUGAGAUCUGGUCAAUUUUAUAGAGUGA